UAUAAUGGCGGGCGGGGCGGGCGCCAGCCGCCAUUUUGUCCAGUGAGGAAAAACGGAACGGGAGCCUCGUUGAGGGUCGAGUCGGCUGCGAAUUUAGCGCGGGCUCCCUUCGCGCGCCCUCCCUUUUAGCAUCGCCAUGCAUCGUGACUCUUGUCCGCUGGACUGCAAGGUUUAUGUGGGUAACCUUGGGAACAAUGGCAACAAAACUGAACUAGAGCGAGCGUUUGGCUACUAUGGACCACUGCGCAGUGUGUGGGUGGCCAGGAAUCCUCCCGGUUUUGCCUUUGUGGAAUUUGAAGAUCCACGUGAUGCAGCUGAUGCUGUAAGAGAACUUGAUGGAAGAACCCUGUGUGGGUGUCGUGUCAGAGUUGAACUCUCCAACGGUGAAAAACGGAGUCGGAACCGCGGCCCACCUCCAUCGUGGGGCCGGCGCCCUCGAGAUGACUAUCGCAGGAGGAGUCCUCCUCCCCGCCGCAGAUCACCGCGAAGGAGGAGCUUCUCUCGGAGCCGCAGCAGGUCCCUCUCCAGAGACAGAAGAAGAGAGAGAUCACUCUCACGGGAGAGGAACCAUAAGCCUUCUCGUUCCUUCUCCAGGUCUCGCAGUCGCUCCAGGUCAAAUGAGAGGAAAUAAGACUUUGAGAAGGAGCUGUGUACAGGAAGUCCUCAGAUCUGAGUACGGGGGGAGUAUGUACAGAACAUUGUUUUGUUUUGGAAUUUCAUAAAGCUUGGUGCAUUUUUAAAAUGUUUUAGCUGUUGAACUUGCUUUGUUCCUUGUAUCUUGUAACAGGUGGCAAAUGUAAAGAUGUGAAUCUGUAUAUGGUUCUAAGCAGAUCAUAUGAAUUGUAAUAUUACUCACUUUUUACAAUGUACCCUUAUACUUAAUUGUCUGUGUUGAAUGGAUACCAGUUUGUCUUGCGUAGAUGAUGUUUCUGGUCUUGACAUUCUGCAGUGAUUGCUGGGGUUCAGCUUGUGGAGGGGAGCUGCAGCAGAGCUGUUUGUUGCAGGGUGGUGGUGGUGCAGAGCAAGGUGUGGAGGUGCUUCGUUACCAGCAGUCACAUCGAGCCAGCAGAGCUAAAGGGAACUGUGAGCUGCUGUUAGCACAGCUCUAGUUCUGACUUCCAUUACUGGAACAGAGCUGCUUUGUGUUGUGAUCUACAGUUUUCUAGCUUGUAGGGUCAGUUAAUUUUAUACUUCAUGUGACUAGAGUGCUUCGUAAAUAGCUGAUAGCUUGACCAUCUAUUCCAGGACCUCUGAAUAGACCAAAUAUACAGCAGAACUGACGACUGGAGUGGAUGUGUUGACUGUGUAAUGGUACAUUGUAAAAGUUGUGAAUUAAACAUUUCUUUACUGUACAAGAAUUUUCAUGUCACUUGUAAAAUGUCUUUUGUGAGAUCCUUGGGAUUAAAGUUUUGGUUACAACUUGUUGUUCA